UCCAUCCAUGUGAUCCAUCAGUGUACGUGAAAACCCUAGCAGCUCAGAUGAUGAAACUAUAGCUCUACUAGCUAGCUCUAGCUAGAGUUGUUACAAAUAAAGGGUGAUCAAUCAAAAGUUCUGUAGAGGAAGUAGUUUAUUCAUCUUCAUCAUAAGAAGAAAGAAAGACUAAAAAAUAACUUAUAUAGUUAGCUUGUUAUCAUCAUCUUUUCAUUUGUCGGUCUUAAUAACCUUCAUCAUCACUAUUGAUCACUAUCUUCCAUUUCUACAUCUAUACAGUAGCUAGAUCUAGAAAACACCAUGGGAAGAUCUCCACUGAUCAAAAGAUGAAAUUCAUUUUAUUAGGUAGCUUUUCUGAAAUCAAAAAUAUGAAACCAUUUUGAAGUUAAAAGAUCAGAAGAAGAAGAUAGCUCGGUCUCUCCAAUUCAUCAGCUAGAUCACUACUAAAAGAGAAGACAGGUUACAGUUACACUGUUUCAGGAUCCAAGAAAAUCACCAAAAACAGAAAGAGGAAAAGAAUAUCAUUAAAGAAGCUAGAAAGCUAGAGAGAGAGAGAGAGAUCAUUAUCAUAUCAUAACACAAAUUCAUGGAACCAAUAGGAGAUAGCUCUAGUUCAGAGAACAACAACACCAACAGCAGCGGCAUGAUGAUGAUAUCAUCUGCAUCGACAUCAUCCAUGGCAUCAUCAUCAUCAUCACCUCCAGCUCUAAGUAGAUAUGAAAGCCAAAAACGUCGAGACUGGAACACUUUUGGUCAGUACCUAAAGAAUCACAGACCCCCACUCUCUCUAUCUCGUUGUAGCAGUGCUCAUGUUCUUGAAUUCUUAAGAUACUUAGAUCAGUUUGGGAAAACUAAAGUUCAUAACCAAAUCUGCCCUUUUUAUGGACACCCAAACCCACCAGCUCCAUGUCCGUGUCCACUUCGUCAAGCUUGGGGAAGUCUUGAUGCUCUUAUCGGACGCCUUCGUGCUGCUUUCGAAGAAAAUGGUGGCAAACCUGAAGCGAAUCCUUUUGGUGCUAGGGCUAUUAGGCUUUACUUACGUGAAGUUCGUGAUUUACAAUCAAAAGCAAGAGGAAUCAGCUAUGAGAAAAAGAAACGGAAGCGUCCUCCUCCUACACUUCAUCAACAAGGUUCGUCAUCAUCGGCAGCUGGAGUGUUACCAAUGCCACCUUCAAGUAGUAGUGGCGCCAAUCAGUAAGCGAAAAUUGCACUAUCUUAUUAUCCAUCAUCAUCAAAAACAUCAUAUGGUGAUGCGGAAUUCUAUCUCUGUAUUAGUUAAUCUCUCUUUAGAUUCUUGCCCUAAAACUUUUAGUUUCGUCAGAGUUAAUUCACUCUAAUCUAUUUCCAUUUCCUUGAAUAAUGAAGCAUGUUUGAACCAAUCCUAACUUAUCAAUCUAGCAACUAUUAG